AAAGCGGGUUUCCUGUAAAAAAAAAAACCAAACCGCUCUCCUCUCCGGCCCCUAUAAAGUCCGUACUUUUAUUCCCUCGAUCGAUCUUUUAUCUUCUCUCUCGAUUUUCAAAACCCUAGAUUUUGAAUUCGAUUGGUGAGUGAUCAAUGGCUUCGAAGAGGAUUCUGAAGGAACUGAAGGAUCUGCAGAAAGAUCCUCCAACAUCUUGCAGCGCAGGUCCUGUUGGAGAGGACAUGUUCCAUUGGCAAGCAACAAUUAUGGGGCCUACUGACAGUCCGUUUACAGGCGGUGUGUUUCUGGUGAAUAUUCACUUCCCACCUGAUUACCCAUUUAAACCACCCAAGGUCUCUUUCCGCACCAAAGUUUUUCAUCCAAAUAUCAAUAGUAAUGGUAGCAUUUGCCUUGACAUCCUCAAGGAACAAUGGAGCCCUGCUCUUACUAUAUCCAAGGUUCUCUUGUCGAUCUGCUCACUUCUUACAGACCCAAACCCGGAUGAUCCUUUAGUACCCGAGAUUGCUCACAUGUACAAGAAUGAUAGAGCCAAGUACGAGGCAACUGCUCGUUCCUGGACUCAGAAGUAUGCCAUGGGAUAGAACUCCACCAGUUCAAAAAAUGGAAGAUUACAUUGUAGUUUGAUAACUAAGUACUGUUUUAUGAGACUAAGUGAUGGGCAACAAAAUAUAUUAUUCCGUUAAUGAAUUAUGAUAAUAUGUAGCUAGGGACAUCCAUGUCUGGUGUCUGAAAUUCUGAAAUUUGAUCUAUUGAGUUAAAGUGUGAAAAAUUAUGGUUUUAUUUUAAAGUUUUCUGGUUC